CUCAGUAAGGAUGAAGAAAUGGUUUGCCUGGCAGGUUUGAAAGCUCUUCUUCCUUAUGCUGUCAGAAAUCUGAUUCGAUCAAAUAAACUCAACAUUAGCAAUACCUCCGGAAUGGCAGAAGGAUUUAUUCAGGCAAAUGUUGUAAUUAUGCAUAAAUCUUUUGCUGAUGACUUUGAAAAAUUUUGUCAAGCAAAUGAUGGACCACUUCCCUUGCUGUAUAGAAGUAAGCCAGGGGAAUGGAAAUGUCCUUUCUUGAGCAACAGUUCUGAUAUAAGAAGUGACUGCUUGCAAUACAAGAAAUAUGAACAUGGAAUAUCCACAGGAAUUUUGACAAAUCUAAAAGAAUAUUCUGAACAGUUUAAAGACAUGGUGACCUUUUAUCUUGGCUGUAGUUUUACAUUUGAAAAGGCACUCCAGAAACCUGGCGUUCCUGUAAGAAAUGUGGAACAGCAAUGUAAUGUAAGCAUGUAUAAGACUGCUGUUCCUUGCUGUGAUACCGAAUGUUUUCACUGUCAUCUAAUAGUAACUAUGAGAUAUAUACCUAAAGAUAAACUGAAGGAGUGUGUGCAAAUCACUCAUCCAAUGAAAAAAUCACAUGGAGCACCAGUUCACAUUGGCUCUUCUGAUUUGUUAGGAAUUAAAGAUCUUUCCAGUCCAGAAUAUGGUGAUGCAGUACAAGCUCAUCCUGGAGAUGUACCAGUCUUUUGGGCCUGUGGUGUAACAGGAAUAGAAGCUGUCAUCAAUUGCAAGGCUCCACUGGCUUUUACCCAUUCCCCUGUUUGCAUGUUUAUCACUGAUUUGGAAAUUGAAGAUGAUGCAUCUGGUAAUGAUAAAGAUCUCCCAGAAGUCUAUUGUAUUUCUCAGAAUCCUUUGCAUUAUAGCAUUGCUUCAACAGCAGCUGUAAAGAAAAUUAUAUGCUUAGAAGAUAUAAUAGCGAUAGAUCCAGGGAACAGAGGUGUGAAACAUCUGUUUUCUCCGGAUGAACUCCUAAAGACCUGCCUGUCGCUUUCCCAUGCAAAGUCGGUGUUGAUUACUACAGGAUUUCCCACCCAUUUCAAGUAUGAACCUCCUGAAGAAAAUGAUGGGCCACCUGGAGCCAUUGCAAUGGCAGCAAUCUUGAAAGCCAUGGGAAAAAAUGUAGUUAUAGUAACGGAUCAAAGAGCUCUCGAUUUAAAUAGAAAGAUAAUCAAGGAAGCUGUUGAGCAAGAAAUACUGGAAACACCAGUUCCUGUAAUCAGUUACCAAAGCAAUUCUCCAGAUUCAGCUCUGCAGUUCUUAUGUGAAGAUGGGAAUCCAGAAAAACCAAGAUUUAAUCAUUUGAUAGCAAUAGAACGUGCUGGGAUGGCUGCUGAUGGUAAUUACUAUAACGCAAGAAAAGUUAAUAUUAAACAUUUAGUAGAUCCCAUUGAUGAACUCUUUAUAGCUGCACAAACUCUCCCAGGAAUUACUACUACAGGUAUUGGGGAUGGAGGAAAUGAAUUAGGAAUGGGAAAAGUAAAGGAAGCCACAAAGAAGCACAUUAAAAAUGGAGAUAUCAUAGCUUGUGAUGUGGAAGCUGAUUUUGCGGUUGUUGCAGGUGUUGCCAACUGGGGAGGCUAUGCAGUUGCUUGUGGACUUUAUAUCCUCAAUACGUGUGAAAUACAUGACCGCUAUCUGAGGAAAGCUGUUGGAUAUCCCAGGUUUUCCAAGUAUAAGAACUGGGCAUCAGCAUUACCUUCUGUGGCUAAGGAAGAAAACAUGCUGAAGAUAUUACAGCGGCAUCACGUUCGCAGUGGGAUAACUGCAAGUUUGGCAAUGGAAGUGGAUGCUCUGCCGUUCUUUAACAUUCAUUCAAAUUUAAUAGAGAGGCUGCUGGAGGAAACUUUCAAAUAAUACUCCCUCUCUAAAAAUAUGGUAUAUUAAACACAUUCAGUCCAGAAUACCAUUACACUCCCUGAUCAGAUAUCCUGCCACAAUUUACUAUUCCAAAUAUUGUAAGGUAGAAGAACCUGUGAUCGUACAGUAAAUUACUGGAAUAAUGUCAUUGCGGAAUAGAUUUUUCAGAAUGAUGUCUUUUUUUCAGUUAUUUGACUAAAAUAUAUCAACAAUAAAUUAAUUGAGAAUGUA